AUGACGUACUUUACCUGUUGGGAGGAGUUCGCGAAAGCCGCCGAGAAACUGUACGUCAGCAGCGCCAAUCGUUGUCGCUUAGUGACUAAGUACUCGCACCAGCUUGGAAAGUUAGUGGUGAAAAUAACCGACGAUGCAACUUGCUUGCAGUACAGCACAGAACACGCGCAAGACGUGAAAAAGUUGGAAAAGCUGACCAGCAACCUGAUGCGGCAAAUGGCGUGCAGGGAACAUAAUUAA